AUGUUGCACACUUCAAUCGUAUCAGUGACUGCCUCCUUGGCUCUGGUACUUAACGCCAAUGCCCAAGCAGCAUUAUACGCUCAGUGUGGUGGGGAGGGAUACUCGGGCCCUACCUCACCAAUGCCUCCCUGGAACAAGCACUGCACCAAGUACUACAACAACCACAACGACCACAACAACGACCACCGGUACACCCACCGGGCUAAAGUACUUCAUCACUUUACCGGAUUCAACAUCAACAGCACCAAACCCUCCGCCUCGAAUCCCCUCGGGAACCCUACUUUGCCAGGAUGGACGACGAGUGGAGGCUUGAACUGGGUCGGAUUCCUCGUCUCAAAAUAUAACACGUCCCUGACUCUGUCAUACAACUUUGCCUACGGUGGAGCGACGACCAACGCCAGCCUUGUUGCUCCAUAUACCUCUACCGUCCUUAGCUUCAUCGAUCAGGUCACCGAGUUCACCAACAGCAUCGCCUCGAAGCCCUCUUAUGCGCCGUGGACCAGCGAGAAUAGUCUCGUGGGCGUCUGGAUGGGCGUGAACGACGUUGGCAACUCGUACUGGCUGUCUAAUAUUGACGAACUUCUCAUCAAGAUUAUGGAUAGCUACUUUGGGCAGCUGCAGAUUCUCUACGACGCUGGAGUGCGGAACUACGUGCUCCUCGGUGUUCCUCCAAUCAACCGCUCCCCACUCAUGCUUUCCCAAGGCACCGAUGCCACUACCGCGGAAGCGGCAGUGAUCGCAAAGUACAACAACCUGAUCGCGACAUAUCUCGCCAAAUUCAAGUCCAAGAACAGCGGUGUCACAGCGACAAUCGUGGACACGCAGGCGCCAUUCAAUAAGGCAUUGGAUAAUCCCACAGCCUAUGGUGCGCCCAAUGCCACCUGCUUUAACAGCGAUGGCACAAGCUGUCUGUGGUUUAAUGACUACCACCCUGGCAUUGCCAUCCAGAACCUCACGGCACAGGCUGUGGCUUCUGCGCUGAAGGGGUCGUUUUUCUAG